AUGCAUGGCGCUCUUCGAAGAGCUUUUCCAGUACCGGUCAUUGCUUAUCGCUGUGUAAAUUGGCCACCUGAACCUACUGUAGAGCGUUUAUGCCAGCACAUUACAGCUCCAAUCACCGCUGAUGGCAUCGAAGAAUCUCGAUCAUUAGAGAAGGAAGGAGUUCAAUUCGCUGAAAGCGGCCACGUCCACAAGGCAAUUGAAAAAUUCAACGAAGCCAUCCGGAAGUGCCCUGUUAAUCCAUCGGCGUUCAAUAACCGAGCUCAAGCACUACGACUUAUUGGCAAGCCUGAAGAUGCUCUUGCCGACCUGAACCAAGCUAUAUCUUUGAGCAAUGGUGUAGGAAAAAGCGCAUGUCAAGCGUUCGUACAGCGUGCUAUGAUUCACAGGCUCCACGGAGACGACGACUCAGCUAGGGCCGAUUUUCAAAAAGCUGCGGAGCUAGGCUCGUCAUUCGCCAAGAUGCAAGUAGUCGCCCUCAAUCCAUACGCAGCUAUGUGCAACAAGAUGCUUAGUGAGGUGUUCAGCAACCUCAAAAAAAGGCAAAAUCGAUCAAUCGUAAAUCUUAGCAUGACCAAAAACAGAAAAAUGACAUGCUUCAUUUGA